CUCAACUAUUCAAUACUUGCUUUGGCUAAUAAACAGGAAACAACCACAUCUUGAAUACUGCUCACAAUUUAUACUCCAUGACUGUCGACUUUGAUCGAUUUGUUACUCAACUUCGGCACAAGAAUGGAGCCGACCUGACAGCUCAGCUCAAGGCGUUUUUGACAAAGUUCAGUGAGCAUCCCAACAUAUUGCAAGGGCAACGAAAACUAAUCAGCUCGUUUUUAGAACAUAUAUACACCGAAUCUAUCACACAUGCUGCGUUUCAGGGAGAUACAGAGGAUGACCCUGUUGAUGUUGAAAAUAUCCAAGAAGGCUGGGAAAAGUUGGUCAUGAGCAAGGUUUAUGAUCGUGUAUUUUGUGCAGCAAACACAGAUGAGCAUAAAUCCAACAUGAUUCUAGAGAAAAAGUUUGAAACGUUUGGUUUUAUCGAAGAAAGACACUUGGAUAUUGGAUGUUCAUUUAAUCUGAGUCUUGAAGUAGCACAGGCUGAACUGCUGCGUAUAAAUGGAUACAAGUCGCCGAGAGAUAAGCUUGUUAUAUUGCAAAAUGUUCUCCAAUUGGUUGUCGAUCUGAUCAAGCGGAACGAUCCAGAAGGCGACAAUGCUGGAAACGACAAUCUUUUGCCUACAUUGAUUCUAGUAUUUAUUCGUGCCAAGCCUCCGAAAAUGAUUAGCAACAUCAAAUAUAUUAUGCGUUUUCGAAAUGCACAUGAGCUUGAGCAAGGAUCUAAUCAGUAUUGUAUUACAAAUGUGAUGGGAGUGAUUUCAUUCAUUUACAACAUGAAUGCCAAGUCUCUUACUCUGACCGAAGAGGAGCAAGAGAAGAUGGGCGUGUCGUUGCAGAGUGUUCAGCUUCAACAACAGCAAGAAAGACAACAGUGGGGAAGAUCCACAACAAAUGGGGCCAAAGAGUUUAAUCGCAUUGCGGGUCAGGUCUCUCAGUUUUUUGGAAGUAUUUUCAAAGAGGUCAAGACAAUGGGCACUCAAGCAGCAGAGGAUCUUGCGGGACUAGUCAGUUCAGAGUAUCCUGCCGUGUCACCGUCAGAAAGUCAAAGUUCACCGACUGCAUUACCAAUGCUUGAUAAAGUGUCAAUCGAUAGUUCUACUCGUGAGUAUCCAUUGCAAGACUACUCCCAUCAGCCCAUUAAAUCUCCACAAGAACAGGAAUUUGAGUUGCAGCUUGCCAUGGCACUUUCGCUUUCUGAAAAGGAAACAUCUGGCUCAAUGACUAUGGAUCAUCUGAACCCCGUCAUUGACACAUCGAUUGUUGGGGGCGACUCAAUGGAGCAUGGAAAUGACUCGCCCAGUCUUGAGCAGCAUCUUCAGGCGAUUGACGAGGCGGUAGAGCGACGCAAAGAGCUAGAAGCUUCUAAAAAUCUUCCAAGCUCGUAACUGUUCUAAUAUCUAUAUAUUUCUAGUUACUAGGUACAACAACUCCAACAAACUUUUAUAAGCCAUUGAUUCAUAAAACAAUUGAUAUUCAUUUGGUAACUCCAGCAAAUCUAUCCAGAUCGCCGACAUAUCUUUAAAAUGAGACGUUUAAAUCAUGAAUAAACUAGUUGGUUUAUUCAUGACUUGCAAAAUUAAGCUUUUUCAGCUAGCGAAUCUUGCUAGAUAACCAAUUCAUAAUAAAUACUAUGCUUUGCAAACAGC